GAAGUUUUGAUUUGAUUAGAUGAAAAAUGGAACCUCAAACUCUUUUUCUCUAUCUCUCACUUCUCAUUCUCUCCCUAAACUUCUUCUUCACGAAUCUUAAACCGAGGCUAGUCCGCCUCUUCCAGCCUUCUUUGGAAUCUCGUGUCAAAACCGCCCUUUUAUCCCGAAAAGAAGUAGCCGAGUUUCUUGAUUCUCCCAUUGUAGAAGACGAAGAAGCGGAAGAAGAAGAAGAAGAAGAAGGAGAUAUCGUUUCAAAUGCCAACUUCACGUUUGAAUUUGAUCCAUACAUGAUAAGCAAAGCCGAAUCAGUGAACAAAGCUCUAGACGAAGCCAUUCCAGUUGGAGAGCCACUCAAAAUCCAUGAAGCCAUGCGUUACGCGAUUCUUGCGGCUGGAAAACGUGUUAGGCCAAUACUCUGCCUUGCUUCUUGCGAGCUAGUAGGUGGUCAAGAAAAUGCCGCAAUGCCAGCGGCUUGUGCGGUUGAGAUGAUCCACACGAUGUCUCUAAUCAAAGACGACUUGCCUUGUAUGGACAACGAUGAUUUGCGUCGUGGGAAGCCUACGACGCAUAAAGUUUACGGUGAGGGAGUUGCCAUUCUCUCCGGUGGGGCUCUCUUGUCUCUUGCCUUUGAGCACAUGACGACGGCUGAGAUAUCUUCGGAGAGAAUGGUUUGGGCGGUGAGAGAAUUGGCUAGGUCUAUUGGUACAAGAGGUUUAGUCGCGGGACAAGCGAUGGAUAUAAGCAGUGAAGGUUUGGACUUAAACGAAGUCGGAUUAGAGCAUUUGGAGUUUAUCCAUGUUCAUAAAACUGCAGUUUUGUUGGAAACUGCCGCGGUUCUUGGAGCCAUUAUUGGUGGUGGAUCUGAUGAAGAGAUUGAAAGUGUGAGAAAGUUUGCUAGGUGCAUUGGAUUGUUGUUUCAGGUGGUGGAUGAUAUUUUGGACGAGACAAAGUCAUCGGAGGAAUUGGGAAAAACCGCCGGAAAAGAUCAGCUCGCCGGAAAGCUAACGUAUCCGAAGUUGAUUGGGUUGGAGAAAUCGAAAGAAUUUGUUAAGAGAUUGACGAAAGAUGCACGGCAACAUCUUCAAGGGUUUAGUUCUGAAAAGGUUGCUCCUUUAGUAGCUCUUACUACUUUUAUUGCUAAUAGAAAUAAGUGAUUAUUUGUUUUAUGUAUACAUGCUAAAGUAGUGUGUUCCCUUAUUUUUAAGUGUAACCACAUUUUAAUAUGUUUAUUAAAGAAUAUUUUAAAAU